GAUGGUUCCAAUGGAACUCUUCACUUUUCAUGUUGUCUCGAAGUGUAUAAAAACAGCCUGACGAUGAUGUUGGAAUCAUUCUCCGCUGACUCUCCACAGCUCAAGCAAGCGAUCUGUCCAGCAAGCAAUCUUAAGCUACAAAAUGGCAACAGGUCAAACUCUUUUCGUCCUUCUUGGCCUGGCCACCGUCGUCUGCUUGAUGCUGGAGACAGCUGAGGCCCACUCGCACCAUCACCAUCACCACCACAAACACAGCCAUAGCCACAAACACAGCCACUCCCACCACCAUCACCACAGCAGUAGCAGCAGCAGCAGUGGCUCAAGCAGCAGCUGCAAAUCCAGCGGCGGCGACACCGAAGAGCUUCUUCUCACAGCCCUUCUUUUGCAACAGCAAGCCGCCGCUGGAGCCGCCGCUGGUGGUGGUGUCGUCGGUUAAUUGCACCCAUUCAUUUUGAGGACACUCCUCUGGAAUCAUUAUCAAAAGCGCUUCAUUUUAUUUUUGUAAACAGACACAUUCUUGUGAUACAUGUCAUCAUAUUACAGGCACCGGGAAUUUGACAAUUAACAUUUCAUGCUCAAUCAGGAUCAGUCAGGGUCAAUAGAAUUACCUCAAAACCUGUACAUGAAAUGCCUAUUUCUAGUAUUUAUUGUUUUGUUUUUAUUCCACAAGUGAAUUCAAAUAAAUGUAUUUUCA